AUGCCGGGCGCCGCCACGCCGAUCCCGCCGGCCCCGCCGCUGCCCCGCGGCGCGCUGCGCGGCCUCCACGCCUGGCUGGACGCGCUCCCGCUCGGCCGCCGCAGCGCCGCCGCCUGGCCCGGGACUUCAGCGACGGCGGUGAGCGCGGGCCGCGGCGGGGGGCUGCAGCCCCGGGCGGGGGCGCCCACCCGCUGGGCUGGCCCCGUCCCCGGGAGCCCCGCCCGGGCACUGGGCCCUCCCGGCGCCUCGGCCCGCGCCGCCCCGCGAGCCCCGCCCGCCCGCAGUGAUGCUGGCGGAGAUCGUGAAGCUCCUCCGCCCCGGCUCGCGGACCUGCACAACUACGUGCCCACCUGCAAGCUCAGCAGCCGGAGCAUCCUCAGCAGGAAAGUCUUUCACAAGCUCCGUUUCUGCGUCUCGGAGGCGGAUAUCCGGAAGGUGGUGGCCAACACGCCCGGGGCCAUCGAGCCCAUCCUGUGUGUCCUGAGGGAGAAGGUGGAGGCCAGCACCCGGGACCGGCCGGGCACAGCCGGCCCACGACGCUCCACUGGCGACGCCGACAGGCCCCGGGGGGGUUCGCCCCCCCCAGCACACACAGGCCGGCAGGACCCCCCACGCCCUCUGGCACAAAGACCCUCGGGAAUGAGCCACCUCCAGACACUCGCUACUGCACAAGGGGGGCUGUCCCCUGUCCCCCCGCCCCGCGUGCCUGCUGACGGCUGCUGGCCCUCCAGACGCCCGGAACCCGUGCUGCCGCCGCAGCUGGAAGAAAAGGAGCAGGCGCUGGCUCUGCUGCAGGAGGCGGUCAGGCUCCUGCAGAUGAAGGUGCACAGGCUGGAGCUGCUGCUGGAGCUGCGGGGCCGGCGCAUUGCAGAGCUGACCAGAUGGGGGCCAGGCCCCUCCCGGCACCUGGACCCUGACCAUGGACCUCGAGCCCCCCAGACCUGCGGCCACACAGACAUGGGUGCGGACUGCCCGGCGGGCUCAGAGCGGGGCGCCUGCUGUGGGGGGCCAGGUCCCCACGCGUGUCCCUGGGGGACUGCGGCUUUGACAUGAGACUCGAGCCCUGGAGGCGUCCUGCUGUCUCGGGGGCGGGUCUCGGGGGGUGCUGGCUGUUUGCAGCACUUGGAUCCCGGCUGCCUGGAGUCCUCAGAAGACACCGUAGAAACGGCUGACUGGGUAGCGUGUCCGUCCUGUGCAGGGGCGCCGUGGGGGAAGUGCGCCUGCGCCCUUCCUGGGGCAGCGUGGAGUGGCCAGUCACCGCUUUGCCCCAGAGGUUAGGGGUCAGGGCCCGCCUGACUGCACCCUCUCCUCGGAACAGCCCCCCCAUUCUCUGGGUCCCCAGGACAAGAGGGGGACGCCCGGCUGAGGCCUGUGGGGUCUGGGUGGGGCCUGCGCCCCCCCAACACCAGCAGAGCACAGAGGCCUGGACGUUGCAAGGGUGGGACCCCGUCCAUCUUGAGAGAACUGGGGUUCACCUUUAGACUCCUGGGUCAGAAAGGCUUCCAGUGUGGGGCACAGGCCUCAGGGUUUCCAGCCUUGGUUCUAGGGGUCUAGACCCCUGCCCAGUAGCCUCCCUGCCGGCGCGGGGCCGCAGCUGGCCAGGAGCUGGAGGUGCCUUGGGGUGUGCAGGCCCUGGCCCUAGGUGGGCAGCAGGGUAGGUGGUGGAGAGCGGGGCGGG